CAGAGUGCUCGGCGUAGGGCCGCGAUAGGAAAGAUGGCGGUGGCGGUGAGAAGUUUGCAGGAUCAACUGGAAAAAGCCAAGGAAAGUUUGAAGAAUGUGGACGAGAACAUUCGCAAGCUGACGGGCCGGGACCCAAACGAUCUUAGGCCUGGCCAAGCUAGACGUUUAUCCAUCACAGGACCUGGUGGAGGUAGGGGGCGUGGGAUUGGAUUACUUAGACGUGGACUCUCGGAUAGCGGAGGAGGACCCCCAGCUAAACAGAGAGAUUUGGAUGGGGCAAUCAACAGGCUGGGAGAUCGUCGUUCAAGAAGAGAGUCACGUCAAGACAGUGACGCAGAGGAUGAUGAAGAUACAAAAAAGCCAGCGUUGCAGUCUUCAGUUGUUGCUACCUCCAAAGAAAGGACACGCCGAGACCUUAUUCAAGAUCAAACAAUGGAUGAGAAGGGCAAAGAAAGGAAUCGGCGGAUGUUUGGCCUGCUGAUGGGUACUUUGCAAAAGUUCAAGCAGGAAUCUAAUGUUGCAACAGAGAGGCAAAAAAGACGUCAGGAAAUAGAACAGAAGCUUGAAGUGCAAGCUGAAGAAGAACGUAAACAAGUAGAAAAUGAGAGAAGAGAAUUAUUCGAGGAACGUCGUGCUAAGCAAACUGAACUGAGACUUCUAGAACAAAAAGUGGAACUAGCCCAGUUGCAAGAUGUAUGGAAUGAACACAACUUAAAGAUAAUCAAGUACAUAAGGACCAAGACAAAGCCUCAUCUGUUCUACAUUCCUGGCAAACAUUGCCCAGCUACUCAAAAGCUUUUGGAUGAUUCCCAGAGGAAGAUGAAUGGUAUUUUCGAGCACAGGCGCCUGGAGUUUGCAGAUCAGAUUAACAGAAUGGAAGUUAGACCUAGACGUCAGUCAUUGAAGGAAAAAGAACAGCGAGAGUUGCAGAAUGAAGAACAACAAAACGUGGAACAGGAGGGUAAGGUGGCUCAUCAUGAGGAGAUGGAGGAAUUGGGUAACCAGAACAAUGAUGUAGAAAUGGAGGCAGCAGAAGAGGAAAUGGAAGUAGGUACAGAUAAGUGUGAUUCAGAGAAGCAGCAGGAAAAGCAACAGGAGGAGGAAGCUGAAGAAGAGGAAGAGCUAGAGGAAGGGGAAAGCAAUAGUCAGCCAGAAAGUGUGCCUGUUGAUGGUAAGGAAGCAAGCCAGAAUACAGAGAAUGAUCAGGAUAUGGUAGAGGAAGUAGAUGAGUGUAGAGAGGAGAGAGUAGAAGAGGUUUGUAAGGAGCCUGAACCUGAGCCUGAGCCUGAACCUGAACCUGAGCCUGAGAUGGAGCCAGAGCCAGAGCCUGAACCUAAGCCUGAACCUGAGCCUGAGCCAGAGCCAGAGCCUGAGAUGGUACCUGAACCGGAGCACAAACUAGAAUCUGAACCAGGGCCUGAAUCCGAACUUGAAAGUUCGGUUGGGCAUGAGCUGGAACAAGAGAAUCCUGCCACUACUCAAGCUGCAGAAUCGCAGGUAGAACCAGUUCGGGUGUCGCCAAAGAGGAGCAGGAGUAAAAGUAGCAGUAGGAGCAAAAGCAGAGGUCGUGAGAAGGCACAGAGUAAGAGUAGGAGUCGGAGCAGCAGUAGUUCCAGCUCUGGCAGUAGUUCGAGCAGCACCAGCAGUGGUAGCAGCUCAAGCAGUGGCAGCAGUAGCAGGAGCAGUUCCAGCACAAGUAGCAGCAGUGGCAGCAGUAGCAGAGACAGCAGUACGAGCAGCACCAGCAGUAGCGAGAGCCGGAGCCGAAGCCGGAGUCGGGGUCACAGCAGAGACAGAAAGCGCAGGAGGAGCUCAGAUCAAAAACGUAGAGGUAUUUCAAGUGCAGAUAAGGACCGUAAGUCAUCAAAAACCAGUAGCAAAGAUUUAAAAGGCUCACGGGAAAAGAGUUCAAGGUUAGAUAGAAAGAGGUCUAUAUCAGAAGGUCGUUCAGGCAAAAGGUCGUCGCGGACUGACAGAGAUCAUAAAUUGGACAGAAAAGAUAAAAAGCACUAAUCACCUGACUGAAAAAGAAUUGACUUUAGGAAGGCAAAGUAUUGCUUGAUGUGUACAAUGUACCGGGUAGAUGGAAUAUUUUCUUUCAGCUGGAAAUGAAGCCGCCUUAAGUCUUGCUUGAUGUAUAGUACUUUUAUUUGAAAACCAUGACUCAAAAUUACCAUUAAUCCCUGUACUUUUACAAUGUUUUGUAUGCACAUGUUUCUCCAAUUACAAUUAAAGUGUAUUUCAGAAGAUGAAGUUGUAUGGAAAAUAUUGUACCAAUCUUGCUAGACGGAUUAGCUUUCUUCCCUUUUCAGUGUUUUUUAGAUUUGUUGUAUUCAACCACUGAUGCCUCCUUUGUACAGUUGAAGUUCUAGGGGGCAAAAUUUCCUCUAAGUAUUGUUCUUAGCGUAAAGAUGGUUGUCAUUGAGUAUGUACUAUACAGUUCCUUUAUGUAGAAUUAAAUGUAAAUUUUAAAAUUGUUGAAAACUCUUUGUCUUUAUAUUAAAGUUUUCUACAAAAUAUGGCUCGAUUCACAAAAACUUGCUCUUUAAAUGCCGUGGGCUGUGAUGGAUAUCAGUUGUAAACCUAUCCCUUAAAAUGGUCAAGGAGGGAAAGAAUCAAAAGUGAAUCAUCUGAAAGUGAGAGGGUAGAAACUGUCAGCAAAUAAUUGAGUUCUAUAUGUGAUCGGGAAAAAACGUCGAGUUUUCUGCCAGAACACCAGAAUUCCUCCAGCAUUUUGUGCGUGUUGCUCUAGAUUUCCAGCAUCUAUAGUAUCGUGUGUUUAUGAUCAAGCUGUCUUUUACAUUUUGAAGUAUAUUGAAGAAAGGUAAGUGCAGAUUUGGCAUAUUCUAUGUAUCCUUCAAGGGGAAGGCAUAGCUUAGAUACAAGUGGGUUCCAGCAGCUUGCAGUAUUAAAACAUGCUCUAUUAAUGUAAAUUUAUCUCAAAUUUAGUUUCAAUUCUGGCCCCUCUGCAAGAAGAAAACUAUUCCUAGGGUUCCAUUCCCUACAAUAAGAGUGUCAGGGAAUUGGCUGGAAUUGUUCCCAAGAUUUUGUCUUCUGCUUAAGUUCUUAUACAGUUUUAGAAUUUGGUUAAGCUCAGCUUUGUGAUCAGAAAGCCAAAUGAUCUGUUUCAGGUCCCAUAUGAGAUGAAUUUGUCACCAAGAUUGCAUUCAGUUGGGAGGUGAUUAGAUGGCCAAAAGUAACCCGGCACAAGUUCAGUGCAAAGUCUUUUUUUGUACAUGCAAAUCAUUUGAACCUUCCUGAAUGCGGAACAGUAAUAUUUCCAUUUCAAUUGUUAUAUUUUACUGUCAUUGAAUAGUCUCAGGAAAAUUGAAAUCUUGUUAUUUUGCCUAUCGUAAUUUUCAUACUUUCAGGAAGCAAAAUGAACAACAAAAUGUUUGCCUGCUACAAAGCUGGAAAUAGAGUAUUUCUCUAGAAUAUUAAUAGUAUGUGCUAAGGAGCUGUUACAAGGCAGCCAUAAAUUGGUGGGUGUUGGGAUUCCCACAAUGCAAUCAAAUGGAAAUCUCAAUCUUUAUUUGCUUAAUUUUUAUCAUCUUUCUAUCUUACUGGUUAAGGACAUGUGUAGUUGCUUGUGUUGCCUACUCUGAUCCCAAAUGCUGUUGCCUUCACUAACUUCUACAAAAUAUUGUGAUCAAAUGGGCAAGGCGAGCUGGAACAGGAAGUAGCUAUUAGUUACCCUGCCAAAAGUUAACUUCCUUAUGGGUGUUGCAACAAAAAUAGAUGGCUGUACUUUGGUAGCAUUUACUUCAGUAUGUUGGAGAGUUUUUGUUUCAGGGUAUGGGGUUAGUUUUCAGUGCCCAGACCUCUGGAUAAAAAUGUGGAACUAGUGACAAAAUUGAUCAAAACUAAAGGUAAGGAAAUCUUAGUAAAAAUACUUAGUUAGCAUUGUGGUGAAAGUUCUAUGUGGCAUAAAUAAGCACAGUUUUCUUGCUUUGAAAACGAAACUCGCAGACUUAUCUGCAAUUCCUGUAUACAGAUCUUGCAUAUGUACGCACAUGAUAAAACCAUCAUGCUACUAUCACAGGAAAAAAGCAAGAAGGUUGGUGUUAAUUAUUUCAGGAUCAUUAACAAAAGAAAAAAGGAAGUAUAAACACUAGACUUCCCUCGUUCAUAAGAUUUGCCUUAUAGAAACAAAUGAUAUUUACUUCACUAGUUAUCUACAACAAUUUUUACUCAGAUGAAAUUGGAAAAAUACAUUAGAGUAAUACAGGUGCACAUUCCUUUAUCUGAAAUUCUGAAAUCCAAAAAGCUCCGAAAACCAAACUUUUUUUUCACCAACAGCUGACGUCACUCAGGUGUGACGUGGCAGCACUAGCAGAGGCCGCCAGAUGUCAGUUGUGGCUCAGCGCUCAUACUGGUUACAAGUGCAUUGGCUGUUCCCUGAUAUUUUGUGUUCACCGUUGACUUUAUGUUUAAUUUCACUGUGAAAAUGUCAAAAAGAGCUGCAGAUACCCCUAUGGGUAACAAUGAGAAAAAGAGAAGGAAUCUUCUCUAUCAAUAACGCAGAAAGUGGAAUUAUUGCAGAAGCUUGAUCGUGGUGUGUCUGUGGGGCGUCUUGCUGAAGAAAAUAGUGUCGGAACUACCACUGUAUAUGAUUUAAAUAAACAGAAAGACAAGUUACUGAAGUUUUAUAGUGACAGUGACGUUCUACAUUUAUUUCAAUAGGUCAUUCACCAUGUGUUUGAUUCGGUUUGUUUGAAGCUGUA